AUGUCGUUUGGGCCCAAAGGUACUAAUGCAGACAAUACUGCCCGUUCCAAAAGUGUUGCAAUUCCUCAGCAGGAGGAGCAGGAGGAUGAGCAGGAGCAGGAGGAACAGGAGGAGGCAGAGGAGGAGGAGGAGGAGGAAGAGGAGGAGGAGGAGGUAGAGGAGGAGGAGGAGGUAGAGGAGGAGGAGGAGGUAGAGGAGGAGGAGGAGGUAGAGGAGGAGGAGGAGGUAGAGGAGGAGGAGGAGGUAGAGGAGGAGGAGGAGGUAGAGGAGGAGGAGGAGGUAGAGGAGGAGGAGGAGGUAGAGGAGGAGGAGGAGGUAGAGGAGGAGGAGGAGGUAGAGGAGGAGGAGGAGGUAGAGGAGGAGGAGGAGGUAGAGGAGGAGGAGGAGGUAGAGGAGGAGGAGGAGGUAGAGGAGGAGGAGGAGGUAGAGGAGGAGGAGGAGGUAGAGGAGGAGGAGGAGGUAGAGGAGGAGGAGGAGGUAGAGGAGGAGGAGGAGGUAGAGGAGGAGGAGGAGGUAGAGGAGGAGGAGGAGGUAGAGGAGGAGGAGGAGGUAGAGGAGGAGGAGGAGGUAGAGGAGGCGGAGGAGGAGGAGAUCGGUUUUCAGCCCUAUACCAUCGAGUUGAGCGUUGUUUUAGGUAAAAAGGCUAUCUAUAAUAGCUCUAUUAAGUCGACGAAGCUCGAUUUUGAGCAAGAUGCUCAUCAACGUGCCUCUAACGCUGCGUGUAGAGCCAACAAAAGCGCUGAAUUUCGUGGAUUUGAGGCAAGCGUCAAAAAAGGCGCUCAAAAGCCUUUUCUAUAUACCCUUGACGACGAAGGAGAUAUGUUUACUGUUGAGAGCAAGAUACAGGAGCUGCUAGCUGCCUCAAAGAGCUUAUCUCUGCCCUAUCUACGUGUUGCUCUAGUAGCUAAUUUUGAAGCUAUCGAUGAGGAUAUUGAAAGCCCUCUGUCAACUCUACAAGCAGCGUCAACAACAAGUUUAGCGUUAGCUGGGGGGUUGACGCUCAACCUCAAUCUUUCUAGCAGCGCUCAACAGCAGGAUACUAUGCUCCGUAAGUCUGCUGACGGUAAGGAUCAAUAUAGAGGUUUAGCAACGCCGUCAAGGGCUAUGACGCCUUUACAGCCUCUUGUGACGCUGAGCAGCCCGAUUCCACAGGCUAGAGAUGAAGAUGCUCGCCUCACCGCGUUCAUUUGCUCGCGAAUCAAGGAUAGACUGGCUCAACAAGCUGAAUUCGAACAAGCAUUCAAGAAGUUGGCCGAGCAUGGCAUAGGGCUCUCGGAUAUGGCCUUUUUAGCAAGAGAAGACUGGAAGGAGAUGGGUAUUAGCCACGGUAUUCGCGUGGAUUUGCUGCAGCACAACAAGAUAUAG